UAAAACCUUGGUUGAAAUAAAUCUCCAAUUGCGUCUGGUGUUGUAGCAGUGUCUUUAAGAGGGAAGAGUUGCGACUGCGAUGGGAAUCAUACGAGACAACACUGUCUUCGGAGUUCUACCGGAGGCUAACGUUUUCGCGGUUGACUAUCCAGGUUACCCUACAUCAACCUCCCGGGCCAUAGAGACUCUUGGAGGUCUUGAAGGAAUCAGUAAGGUACGCUGCUUGCAGUCAAACGACUCAAACUGUUUGCAGUCAAACGACUCAAACCGUUUGGAGCUUCGUUUUCGUCCUGAAGAUCCAUACUCACAUCCUGCUUAUGGAGAGUGUCAUUCCUCUAAUAAUUUAUUACUUAAAAUAUCCAAAAUGAAAUGCAGUGUUGAUCAAGAUGCUGGAACUUCCCGAGGCAUGUCUGUAUGUUCAUCUGCAGACAUGACCAGUUCAGGGCCAAUACCUUCCUGUCCUGAAUCUGGAACAAAGGGACAACAAAGAAAUUUAACUGAAAAUGAAAUGGCAUUCAAUAAUGAAGGCGGUGAAGUCCGGAUUCAUGAAGAACCCGCAAACCUAUCUGCAGAUAUUGUUGCUCGUGUGUCAGAGGUCUACCACUUUAGUGGAAUGGUGGACUACCAACAUGUUCUUGCUGUUCACGCUGAUGUCGCUAGGAGAAAGAAGAGACACUGGAAAGAAGUGGACCCUCUCUUUGAGAAGGGUGGUCUUACGGACUUAGAUCGGGAGGAUUUAAUGGUUUUGAUGCCCCCACUUUUCUCACCGAAGGAUGUACCAGAGAAACUAGUUUUAAGACCACCGGCUGCAUUGAGUUUGAAAAAGAAGAAGGAGGGAGUUGUGCAACACCGUUGGGAGAUGGAUAUUGAGCCAUGUCUUGCCGUUGAUUUUGGCAUCAAAGAGGUACCCAAGAAAUUCCACUGGGAAGAAUUUAUACCCCAAGGCAAAGGGCACUGGCACUGGCAGAUGGCAGUUGCUAAAUUGUUUGAUGAGCGUCCUAUUUGGCACAGACAUUCCCUGACUCACCGUUUGCAUGAUGAAGGCCUAGAUUUUGGUGCCCAUUUGCUUAAAAGGCUUCUCUUUAGAACUGCGUACUACUUUUCAACUGGACCAUUCCGCCUAUUCUGGAUUAGAAAAGGAUAUGACCCUCGUAAAGAUCCUGAAUCUCGAAAAUAUCAAACAAUUGAUUUUAGAGUCCCACCACCAUUACGAAAAUUUGGUGAUACAAAUUCAUCUGAUGAAGAGUUGAAGGUCAGAUGGAGGGAUAUAUGUGCAUUUAAGUUUUUUCCUUCGAAGAAUCAAACAUGCUUUCAACUUUGUGAUCUUGCUGAUGAAUACAUUCAAGAACUGAUCGGGAAACCUCCUGAUCUACCAAAUUGUCUUUGUUCGACAGGGUGGUUUUCUUCGUAUGUACUUAGUAGCUUGAGAUUAUGUGUUCAAGUGAGGUUCCUAUCAAUAUAUCCUAAAGUGGGUGCAAAAGACUUGUUGAAAUCUGCAUCUGAACGCUUUGAGAAGUCAAAAAAGAUGCAACUUCAUAAAACCGACUUCAGGCCUGAUGAAGAAGAAGAACAACAACAUACUAAUGAAGGCUCAGAUGGUCAUGCUUUCGGAGAAUCACCAGUAAAAUUUAAUGAUACGGAAAGGGGCAGCAAUGAUGAUAAAAACGAACAAGAAAAUGAGGAUUACUUUGAUGAUGAUGAUGAUGAUGAAAUUGAGGAUGUGGAAGAGGAGGAAGAAUUAGAUGAAAUUGAGGAUGAGGAAGAGGAGGAAGAAUUAGAUGAACUUGAGUCACCCCCAUUGGCUGGUGAGGAUGGUGAUUUUACUCAGCAACCUUUUUCUUAUGCCAAGAACUACUUGCAAGAGCUUUUUGAUAAUUUUCCAUCAGCCGGAGCAGGUAGGCCAGAUGUUGAUACCAGCGAUGGAGAAUAUCAGAUAUAUGAGCAAGACAGCAGUGACAAUGAUUGAUAACUAUUUUGGCAACAAUGCUUCCUAGCAUCAGUUUUGGUAACCAAGUAUUCUGUACAUAAUUUUUAUCUAUGAC